AUGGAUGUCUUAAAACCACCGGAGUCCCUAAAACUUACCGGGAAUGUUGACAGCAGCUGGCGGGCAUUCAGGCAGCAAUUCAUGCUAUACAUGCAAGCAGUCGGACUGGACAACAAGCCGGAUGCACGGAAAAUAGCGUUGUUCCUUACGGUUGCUGGACCUCAAGCGAUAGAAGUAUACAAUACUUUCACAUUCGCGGAGGAUGCGGACGGACAAAAAUUUGAUGAUGUCAUAAGGAAAUUUGACGAUCACUGUUCACCCAAGAAAAAUGAAACGUACGAGAGGUAUGUGUUCCGAUCACGUAUUCAACAACAGGGAGAAAGUUUUGACUCUUUUCUAACUGAUUUGAAGUUAAAGGGGAAGACAUGCAACUUUGGUAUUUUGAAUGAAUCAAUGAUCAGAGAUCAAAUUGUCUUUGGAGUUCAUGAAAAGAAAGUGAGAGAAAGACUGCUCAGAGAAACAGAACUGACAUUAGAAGGUGCUGUUAAGAUUUGUCAUGCAAGUGAACUUGCUUCGUUGCACUUUAAAACUUUCAGUGAGAAGGAUGCUGCAGAUGCUGGCUGUCCAGUAGUGGGUGCUGUAACUCAUAAAAUGAAAAGGCAAAGUCUAAAAGCUACACCAAAAGCAAGCACAGGUGCUUUCAAUUGCAAGAGAUGUGGUUUAAAGCAUCAACCCAAGCAAUGUCCAGCAUAUGGGAAGCAGUGUGGAAAAUGUAAAGGCAUGAACCAUUUUGCUAAACAGUGUUUCACAAAAACAAAGUCAACGAAAAAUGUAGAUGCUGUGGAAGAAACAGAAUUAUCAGACACUUUCUUUGUGGGCAUGAUCAAUGAUGAUACAGAAAGAAUUCAACAAAAACAUGAGAGUGAUGCUGACAUGAAUAGUGUUCCCAAUGAUAAAUGGAUUGUAUCUCUGCAAGUUAAUGGAACCAGUGUGGCACUAAAACUUGAUACAGGAGCUAAGGCAAAUCUCAUAAGUAUAAAUGACAUAAAGCAGAUGAAAAUCAAGCCCCAUAUUCGAAAAAGUCCAGUGUCACUUAAAGCAUACAAUGGACAAGACAUAAAGACUCAAGGUGUAUGCAGACUCAAAAUAUGCAUCAAGAAUACAACUCAUCACCUUCUCUUUGUUGUAGUCCCAGCUGAUCAUCAAUCUCUCCUAGGUGACAAAGCCUGUGAGGAGUUAGGAUUGGUUAAACGAGUGUACUGUAUUAACAGUCAAAAGGUAACAGUGGCACAACAGGAAACAGCAACUGAAAUUGUACACAGAUUUGAUGAUGUUUUCAAAGGACUGGGAGCUCUGCCAUUUACUUACAAAAUACAGCUCAAAGAAGAUGCCAAGCCUGUGAUACAUGCUCCAAGAAGAGUCUCAGCACCACUAAAAGAUAAACUAAAAAAGGAGCUUGACAAAAUGACAACUCUUGGUGUAAUUAAAAAAGUGGAGGAACCCACAGACUGGGUAAACUCAAUGGUAUGUGUUAGAAAGAAAAAUGGUGAUCUGAGAGUAUGCAUGGAUCCUCAAGAUUUAAAUGCAAACAUUAAAAGAGAGCAUUACCAGAUUCCAAAGCGUGAAGAGAUAACAAGUGAAAUGGCUGGUGCACAGUAUUUCAGCAAGCUUGAUGCUUCUCAGGGAUUCUGGCAGUUGAAACUUCAUGAAGAAAGCACCAAAUACUGCACGUUCAACACACCAUUCGGACGAUAUUCGUUCCAGCGGCUGCCUUUUGGCAUAAUCUCAGCCUCCGAAAUAUUUCAUCGUGCUAUGGAGCAUAUCAUAGAAGGGCUGGAUGGAGUGCGUGCAUAUGUUGAUGACAUAAUUGUCUGGGGAUCUUCAGUGCAGGAGCACAAUGAGAGACUUUUAAAACUCUUUCAAAGAAUACAAAAGUAUGGACUUAAACUAAACAAAGACAAAUGUCAGUUUUGUGUGACUGAAAUUACUUUCCUAGGUGACAAGUUGUCUGGACAUGGCGUUGAACCUGACAAAUCCAAAAUACAGGCAAUCCUGGAAAUGCCAAGCCCUGUGGACAAGAAAGGAGUGAUGAGAAUAAUGGGAAUGAUAAAUUUCAUCGGUAAAUUCAUUCCUAAUCUCUCUGCAAAAACAGCAAGUCUCAGGGAACUACUGAAUCACAAAAAUGAGUUCAACUGGACAAGCAAACACGAACAAGAAUGGAAACUCCUCAAGUCAACAUUGACAACAGAACCAGUUCUCACCUACUUUGAUGCUUCCAAGAAAAUCAAGAUCUCUACGGAUGCAUCAAAAGAUGGAUUAGGCGCAGUUCUACUCCAGGAAGAUGUUCAAGGAUGGAAACCUGUAGCCUAUGCAUCCAGAACAAUGACACAAUCUGAAUGCAGAUAUGCUCAAAUCGAGAAAGAGUGUCUAGGACUCGUUUUUGGAUUUGAAAGAUUUCAUGAUUAUGUAUAUGGCUUACCAUCAUUCACAGCAGAAACUGAUCACAAGCCUUUAAUUGCAAUCAUUCGCAAAAAUCUGAAUGAAAUGUCUCCACGCAUUCAGCGUCUAAUGAUGAGAUUGCAACGAUAUGAUUUUGAACUAGUUUACACUCCAGGAAAGUACAUUGUCCUAGCUGACGCACUAUCUCGUGCACCAAUAACCUGUCAGUCACCUGAGAAAAGUUCCACAGAAGUUGAUGUAGAAAUGCAUGUGAAUCUGAUUGUUGAAACGCUUCCGGUGUCUGAUCUAAAGUCCAAACAAAUAGCUGAGGAGACAGAAAAGGAUCCAAUUCUGCAAACUGUAAUUGAGAAUCUGAACAAUGAAUGGGUUAAAGGUUCCUGUUCACAAUUCUUCAACAUCAGAGCUGAGCUCAGUCAAGUGAAAGGCCUUCUCUUGAGAGGAGAAAGGAUAGUGAACCCUGAAGUCCUGAGAAAAGAGAUGCUUUCUAGGAUACAUGAAGGACAUCUAGGAAUAGAGAAAUGCAAAAGAAGGGCAAGGGAGUCCGUCUACUGGCCCGGAAUCAAUACUGAUAUUGAGAAAAUGGUCAGCACAUGUGAAAUAUGUUUGAAGCAUCAGAACAAACAGGCACGAGAACCUAUGAUCACAACAGACUUACCUAAGCAUCCAUGGCAGAAAGUGGGUACUGAUUUAUUUCAUCUUCAUGGGAAAGAUUACCUAUUGGUGGUGGAUUACCUUUCCAAUUAUCCAGAAAUUGCCCUGCUGUCAAAAUGCUCAAGCACAUGCGUGAUACAGCACAUGAAAUCCAUGUUUGCGAGGCACGGCAUUCCGCAUGUUGUAAUAAGCGAUAACGGCCCAUGUUACAAUUCCAAAGAGUUUCAGGACUUUGCCACAUCCUAUGAUUUUAAACAUGUGACUUCGAGUCCCCAUCACGCUCAGUCUAAUGGAAAGGCAGAAAAAGGUGUGCACAUCGUGAAGCAGUUGCUCAAGAAGGCGUCAGAAGGUAAUUCAGAUCCAUAUCUAGCUCUUCUGAGUUAUCGAGCAUCACCUCUAGAGCAUGGUGCAUCUCCUGCAGAACUCUUAAUGGGUCGUAAAAUAAGAACAACACUUCCUUACAGAAUUGACUCAAAACAAUACAUGAUGAAAAGCAUGACAAUAAAACCAAAACUGAAAGCUCUACAAAAAAGACAGAAGUUAAGCUACGACAAGAAAACCAAAAGAUUGAAACCAUUAGCAAAGGAUGAUACUGUGAGAUUUGGAGAUUCAAACUACUGGGACAGAAAAGCUGUGGUACUUGAAGAAGUGAGUCCAAGGUCAUAUGUGGUCAGAACAGAAAGUGGACAGAUCUUCAGGAGAAAUCGCAAAAGUCUUCUUAAGACACAGGAAACAACCCAGAAAUUGAAUGAUGAAGUGAGUGAAGAGAUUCAGGUCUUGCCACAAGAACAAAUUACAUUGAGUGCAAAGACUUCCUUCCCUCCACCUGACACUGAUCAUUCUGCACAGACAGAUACUUUGCCUGUACUAAGAAGAUCAUCACGUAUCAUAAAGAAACCUGAAAGACUUAAUUUGUAG